AUGUCUCGUUCUAAAGCUUAUAAACAUCUUAUUGCGACAAAUGAUGGAGAUGAUGCACCUCGGAACGUUGCUCAAUGUCAAUAUCGUCGUCAAAAAUAUCUGAAGCAACAAAGAAUUGCAAAUGAUGAAAUAAAAAAUCUAUUAUUGCUAUCGUUUGAUUCGAAUGGUUACUUUAAAUUGCUUCAAAUACAAUCUGAAUUACUAGUCGUCUUAAUUCACGAUCAAAUGACACAACAGUUUUCCAAACUACUACGUAUUACAAAAGAAACUGUACCUGUUUAUUACGAUACAACGUUUUCUUUAGGAGAAAUAUAUGUUUCAGCUCUUACAUACAAACAUGUUAUGUUUAUCGAACAGCCGAUUGUUCCACUUGCUAUUCUUUUUCAUGAUUACAAAAAAGAACGAUCACAUAACAGAUUCAUUCAGAUUUUAAAUUAUGAAAUUCCAGAAAUUGGAAAAAAUUGUGUAUUAAUAACAGAUUGUGAAAAUGCGUUAAAAAAUGCUUUUCAUUCUUAUUAUCCAAAUGUAGAACAACUUCGAUGUUGGAACCAUUUAGGAAAAAAUAUCAAAGCAGCUGCUAAAAAAUAUUUCCUUCCUGCUGAACAAAUUGUUGAUCUUAAUGAAGAAGAUACAUCUGUGUUUUUCAAAAAAAGAAAAGAAAUAAUAAAUAAAUUUAUGGAUACUAUCAUCAAUCUCUUUAGAGAACUGUCUAAACGUGAUUUCAUCAAUCAAUACAACAUAGUUUCUCAAACAUGGCCAACAAGGUUUCGUGAUUGGUUCAACAACAAUCUCUAUCCGAAAAUUGAUGAAAUAGGUAGGUCAACUUGUUUAUUUUUCCUGUAACAUAUACAACAAAAUCUAUUUUGAUCCACUCUAGAACAAGUUUUCUUGUUAAUUCUAUCUCUUCGUUUAAUGUAUGACGCUUAGUUUAUAGUAUUAAAGCAUAUAAAAAACUUUAAUUUCUUCGAUCGCAUUCAUCCACCAAAAUACGAAGGGUGUGGGUGUGGGUGUGGAUGUGGGUGUGGGUGUGGGUGUGGGUGUGGGUGUGGGUGUGGGUGGGUGGGGUGUGUGGGUGUGUGUGGGUGUGGGGGUGGGGGUGGGGGUGGGGGUGUUAGUGUGGGUGUGGGUGUUAGUGUGGGUGUGGGUGUUAGUGUGGGUGUGGGUGUGGGUGUGGGUGUGGGUGUCGGGGUCUACUAUUCCCCUUUACCCACGCCCACACCCAAACCCAAACCAAACACCCACACCCACACCCACACCCCCACCCACACCCGGAAUUACUUGUCGCCCUCACCCUCACGCAUGGUGGUGUGGUUGAAGAUGAAUGCCUAGGAUAAGUAAGUAACUCCGGUACGGAAUUCCGGAAAUUGAGCCGAGACGAAAUUAGAAGGAAUUCCAGGGAAUUCCUUCUGAUUUCGGAAUUUCUGGAGUCUCUUCCAAUUCCGGAAUUGGAAGGAAUUUCUGGGGAUUGCUAGUAAUUCCGUCUGAACUCAGUUCCAGGUAUUCCGGGAAUUGGUGGAACUCGAUCGAUGCGGAAUAUGUCUCUUAUGCUGAAUCAUGAUCGAGCUCCCGGAAUUGGAUGGACUUGGUUCCGGAGGCGGAGCUGAUUCCGCAAUGUUCAACAUCGCGGAAUAGGAUGCAUUCUCGAUUGUUUUUAGAACCCUGAUGAUAAUCCAGAUUUUUCCUACAAACAUCUAUCAUAUCCAGUCAUUGGCGUCAAUGAAGUGCACGUGCCUACUCAUCUUUUUAAAUGUUUUCUUGUUGAAAACAAGGACAAGAAUGAUUUUGCUCUUGGAUGCUUUGCUGUGCCUAAUGAGCCAAUCGAUAGAAAUCGCCCGUUGACCGAUUUUGCUGCAUCUACUCAAGAUAUUGAACGACGAUCGGGUUUGGAACUUUUUCGACGAAAGUUGAAUCUCCAACAAGUUCCAUUUUUAUGCAAUUGAACAUCUAGUGAACUGACCGGACAUGAGGCAAGGCCACCGGAAACUCUUGAGCAAAUAAGUUACGCUCGAAAAAUUCGCCGCUGUACGACACAUGAACAGUUGAAGAAAAUAUGGGCAGAAAUAGAAAGUAAACAGUAUAGCAAACAUGAUCAAACUCUAACUUCGAGUUAUGCCAAGAAACUGAAGGAGCUCACUGAAGUGAAACCUCGACUAUAGAUUUAUUCUGAUUGAAAAAAAGAUACUUGUCGAUUUAUUCAUGUAAACUCGUUGAGUUAUAUUGUCAAUUAAACUUAUGCCGCGUGUCUACAAUUUAAAGCCAAAACUUUGAUCUUUUGCAGAAAGUAUCGUUCCAAGAACAAAAGAAAUGGAACCGAUAGAUGAUGGUGGGUGUGGGUGUGGCUACGAAUCUGACUGUUAGCCUCUCAGCCUACAACAACGUCCAAACUCGCACUCUCAAGCUCUACGGUCUAUAAAGCCUACGAUACAUUAAAAGGCCCCGGAUCUUCUAUCGUGUCUUAUCAUUCACAAGUCACAAGGGGGAGGGGGGCCUUCUAUUAUAUCCCUAAAAAAGUCAACUUUUGUGGAAGUCACAUAUUGUCGAAGAAAAUAGUGAGUGUAAGUUUUAAGUUCAAUGUUUGGCGGCUGCUCCCCUUUCAUUACACACAGACUCUCAUUACAGACACCUCCAUUACAGACAUCCCCGUUAUAGACACUCCCCAUUACAAACACUCCCAAUUACAGACACCCCCAUUACAGACAUCCCCGUUACAGACAUCUCCGUUAUAGACACUCCCAAUUAUAGACCGUAGCAACUUCAUCAAAAAAAGAAAAAUGUCUGUUCGAAAUACAGAGAUAAAAAACACAGCGUUUUCUGAUAAUUGAUUAUUAUCAGAAAAGAACUAUUAUCUUUUGGAGAAUUUAAAUAUUGGGUAUUUUGUGAUUAGUAUAAUGAAACCAAAGAAGAUAUGUGAGUUCCACAUUUCGUUCCCAAAGGGGCUGUGCUAACAAGGGUGUGGGUGUGGGUGUGGGUAUGGAUGUAAGAAAGAACUACACACCCAUCUUCAACCCACACCCACACCCACACACCCACACAUCCACACCCACCCACACCCACACCCGCACCACACCCACACCCACACCCACACCCACGCCCACACCUCACACGCACACGCACACCCACACUUCCCUUCUCUGUCAGAAUAGUCAUGUAGUGAUCAUGGAAAUUAUAAAAAUAAUCAGAAAAUUACGUAUCCUAAUAAUAUCUAUUUCAAUUAGUAAUCUGUUUGUUCGUCAUUGAUCUAGAUUUUAUCUGAAGAUUAGGAACAAUAUUCAUUCUAACGAUAAUCAGAUGAUGUUCAAAAUUCAAAUGUACUUAUGGGCAUCCAGAAACAAUGGAUAGUUUGAGAUUGAUAAAAGUUCAAUUUAACAACCAUACUUCGCAUGCAUAUUGUUUUCGAAAAACUUGUAUGAUUGUUUAUAUUAAUAUUUAUCAAACUCCUAUAUUUUAAAUGUUAACAUGAAUACUAUGUCCAUUUAAUCUAUUACAUAGGGAAACUUUGUUUUCUUUGGGUUCGAUUGAAAUUUCUUUCAUUGACUGAAGUAUUUUAGAAAAAAUGACGUGAUUUAAUCCAUCAUGUAUAAGAUGAUGUUGAAUAAAAAUCAGUAAUUCUAAAAACUCAUUUUUGUAAUAAGAACGUUUUUUGUUGAAACUAAAUUGUCUUUUUUUCGUUUGUUGAAUUGAUCGAUAGAUAUAUACGGCGAACACAGUAAUUGAAAGUGUUAUUUAAAAAUUUUGAAAAGCAAGAACCUAUUAUAGGCGCAGGCAAAAUUUUCUGUUUUUUUGAAAUACCAUUUUCAAAAAGAAUCAUUAUUGAUGUUGAUGUAAAUAAAUAUCUGCUAUCAUCAUGAGUAUAUUUAAAAAAAGGGAAAUGGUGAUUUAAAUCUAUAUUCAAUUCUACAAAAACUAUCCACAUAUUUGAACUUGCUCCGACUAUCUUCACCAUAGUCGAAACAAAACAAAGUCAUGAUGAAUUUAUUCGUUGUAUUAGUUCUUUUACUGAUAGAAAUUGUUUUUUGGUUUUCUCUUUUGUUCUUUUAGAAUGUCAUAAUUCAAGCAAAUUCAUUUUCGAGAAGAGAUUUUAAAAACAGAACGCCAGAACAUGAGAAGAAAGAAAGAGAAAUGAAAACAAUUGUGAUGAAAACAACAAAAAACGUGCUUAUUGAAGAACAAAGCAAAAGCAUACAUUCUUUUUUUCUUUCGUUUGUCACCAAUUUCUCAAGGGUAUUUUAUAUUUUUGAUAUACGAAAUUUUUUUUAUCAAAGACGAGAACAAAAUUUCAUCUUUCACACAAAAAUUAAGUAUUCAUUCAUAAUAGAAAUAUAGGUUACUCAGACAAUUUCUUUUCAUAAUAAAAUUCAAAAAAUAAAAACAAAGAACUAGAGUAUAAGUGACUA